UGCCGGACCGUAUCGCAUUCGGAAGCAACAUAUGCAUGGGAAAUCGGAAUUUGAGGUUAAGAGGGUGUUGGAGGAGAUCCGGGAGGACCGGAAGAGUGCUGGGGGUGGAGAGGAUGGGUGGUUGUUCUUCUUGGCUGUGGUUGAGGUGGCGCAUAACGAGACUAUUCUGGUCUUUGAUGCUGGUAAAUGAGAUUUCCAGCACAUUGUCAUGCUUCGAAAGGACGCUGACAGCUAAUAUCGUCGCCCAUUUUCCUUGUAGACUCACUAUUGAUGGAUUCACAAUCCAUGCUCCUACUCUCGCGUCAGCUCGCCAUCGGCUACUACGAAGGCCCGUACGCCAUCCCUAGCGGACCAGACUUCUCCUACGCCGAGUACACCCGCAUCAUCGCAGCCCGACAGGCAGACUCGGACAUCGCCCGAAAGGAAAGAGCAUACUGGUUCUCGCGACUCGACACGCUUCCCGGCCCCUUGAGACUUCCUCACAAGAACGGUGCGACCAUGACUGUCCAACAUCCCGGAUUCCGCAACCAACUCCACCGGAUCGACAGCGCUCGAUGGGCAGCAGUUCGCCACCAGAUCACCUCACGGGGUCUAGAGCCGUCAACCGUGCUCAUGGUGGUAUUCGCCGAGAUGUUGAGCAUGCAGUCCGGCCAAAACCAUUUCUGCUUCAAUGUGAAAUUUCAGGACCGCGUUCGUGGCAUUCACGAUGAGGUUGAUGAUAUCGUUGGCAAUUUCGACGCUGCGAUGCUUGCGGAGAUGGACUUUAGGGAUGGUGGGGAGAUGUUGGUGCAGAGGGCUAGGAGGGUUCAGAAGAUGGUGUUGGAGGAUCUUGCGCAUUCGAGCCUCGUCACUGCGACACAGGUUACGGCCGAACUGAACAAACGACGUGAUACCCCCCACAAGACUUACUCUCCCGUGACAUUCGAGAGCAAGUUCCCCUUGGUGCGCAAGCUGAAGAAAAUGGACUCUCAAGACCGCAUGUUCCUGUUUGAGCCUCUCGUCGAGGAGAACGUUACAUACCACAAUCACGCUACCGCCGGCAUGGAGCUGGACCAUCAGGUAAGGACGCCCGUCAUAAUACCAGGCAUAUGCCGCGAUUGUCACUGACUCGUAGUCUACUUUUACGCCACCAGGUUGCAGAAGACGACGCCGGCAGGCUCGUAAUGAACUUUGACUUCAUCCGGAACGUCUUCCCGCAGGAUUCCAUCACGGACAUGACGGCUUGGUACAUCGAAACGAUUCGCAGUCUCGGCGACAGCGAGGCCUGGAGCAAGCCUUCGAUGGCGCGGAUGAAGUCUAACGUGCCA